GGCUGGGAGUGAUGGGGUCACCGCGCAGCCCAGGCCCAGGUGUCCCACAUCGGUCACACGUUAGCCCUCCAGGGGUCCUCCAGACAGAGCCCCCAGGAGCCCCCAGGUCCCUCCAGGCGGGUCACGCAUCCCCAGCCAGGUUCCUCAAAUGGUGAGCUGGCCCUGGGAUCGCGGAUGGCAGCACCUCAGCAGCACCACGUGGCGGAGGGUGUGUGCCCCUCGCCUUCCAGCCGCAGCAGGUGCUGUGUGGCUCGGAGAUGUGCCCCUGAGGACCCCCACCCAGUGACUGCAGCUCAUCCCAACCCCACCCAGACCUGGCCCCGGAGGCUCAGAAAACUUGUUCUCCAGGUAUGAAACCACCGUGGAAUCCCAUCUGCCCACUUCAUCCGCCCACUGGCCUCCUCCUCCUGUUCGGCCUGCAGACCCACCACCCCCACCCCUUCCCGCCACUAACUCUGCACUUCCCCACCAUCGAGGACCAGGGCAUCUUCUCCCUGACUUUGUGGUGGCCCCCAACAUCUGGUACCACCAACGGGCACCUGGGCCAGGUCCCCUCCCCAGACUCUGCCCCUGGGGCCAUGCUGUAGCAGGAAGAUCUGGCUGAGCGCUGGGCCCAGCCCAGCCCACAUGGGCCAUCCUCCAUCCCAGAAAUGUCAUCCCCCUCUGAGGUCCAGGCAAGGAGCUCCCUGCCGUGGGGACAAGAGGGCUGGCCCCAGGGCUGGGGUCAGGGCCUGGGACGUCUCUGCCACCAAGGCGGGGAGGCAAGGGCAGACAGACAUACUCGGGGAACGCUUGCUGACUGGCCACCAGGGUCAUUCACAGUAACUGUGUGCAAGUCUGGGAAAGGUGCCCCUUCCUCUGGUUCCCGCAGUCCCCAGGCCCUUGACCCAUGUGCAGGUCACCCCAGAGAUGCACAGAACACAGACUGCAGGGUAGGGGGCAGGUGGGGAGGUGCCUGAAGGCCGGGGGCCUAUUGGGCCAGCAGGAUGGGGGCGUCUGACCCACUGCUGGCUGCCAAAGCUCACUCUGCAGUUGUCCAGUCCCCCGGGUAGCCCUGAGCCUGUCCUUGUAGGGAGUGGCAGCCGGAGUCUGAGCUGUCCUGGGGGACUGGGUAAGAGCUUAAGACGGACGACCUCAGCAGGGAGGGCACAGACCAUCGCAUCAGGCAGACCCAGUCAUGGCCAGCAGGAAGGCCAAGAAGAAGGAGGGGGGUGCCCUGCGGGCCCAGAGGGCGUCAUCGAAUGUCUUCUCCAACUUUGAGCAGACCCAAAUCCAGGAGUUCAAGGAGGCGUUCACACUCAUGGACCAGAACCGAGACGGCUUCAUUGACAAGGAGGACCUGAAGGACACCUACGCCUCCCUGGGCAAAACCAACGUCAAGGAUGAGGAGCUGGACGCCAUGCUCAGGGAGGCCUCGGGGCCCAUCAACUUCACCAUGUUCCUGAACAUGUUUGGGGAGAAGCUGAGCGGCACGGAUGCCGAGGAGACCAUCCUCAACGCAUUCAAGAUGCUGGACCCCGACGGCAAAGGCAGCAUCAACAAGGACUACAUCCGGCGGCUGCUCAUGUCCCAGGCCGACAAGAUGACGGCUGAGGAGCACAGAAACAAGACAGAGCCUGGAGUCCAGUUCCUGUGAUUAAUUCACCUGCUGGCUGUGGCCUCGGGGACCCUCCCACUCCCUCCCACCCCUGCCUGGGCCUCACGACCCCCACCAAACGCGCAGGUUGACCAGAUGUUCCAGUUCUCCACCAUCGACACU